AUGGGCGUAGGUUAUGGAACAAGAUCUUCUACAUAUACCGUCCCGAAACGUCGAUCGCACCGCACCGUCAGGCUCGACAUCUACAACGGCUCGAGAACCACAAGACUCUCGCCGGUCUUGAUAAACGCCUGUGUCAGCGGCUUCACGCUCCGCGCAUUUGGCAUCGACGAUGAGUUCUGCCGUUCAAUCGCGCAAACAGGCUACACCGUGCUCGACGUGAAGUACCGCCUGGCACCCGAACAUCCCUUCCCCGCUGCGUUCGACGAUACCGAGGACGUGGUGAAGUGGGUACAGUCCCAGCCUGCAAGGUUUGAUCAGGCGGGUAUGUCCCUAUCCGGGUUCAGCGCAGGGGGUAAUCUGGUCCUGGCGGUCGCCUCAUCUUCUCUGCUCUUCAGCACUGCCAAAGAAAAUGAAGAAUCACCAUUCCACGCCCUUAUCGCAUUCUACCCCUCUACGGAUCUGUCACAACCGCCACAGCAAAGAAGCAAGUCGUUAGGUCAAAGUUUAUGA